GUACACAUAUUCCAGAAGAAUCCUCCUGGGUCUAAUUUUCUCCGUGGUAGGAGACGCCCUGCUAAUUUGGGAAGACUUUUUCGUCCAUGGUUUGGGCGCAUUCCUGGUGGCUCAAAUAUUUUACAUCUCUGCCUUUGGCUUCAGGCCUUUCAACAUUUACGUCGCUACAGUCUGCUAUUCAUUAAUGGCUUUAGGAAUAUACCUUUUGAUGCCUGGAACUUAUGGAGCCAUUAGCUUUGGCAUGCCAGUCUACACCUGCCUUCUGCUGACCAUGGUGUGGCGUGCAGUUGCCAGAGUUCAGCUUUUUGAGGAAUUAUGGACUUGGACAAAGCUGUGCUCCUGUGUUGGAGGCAUUCUGUUUGCUGUGUCAGAUUCUCUCAUUGGUUUUAAUUCCUUCUACUGCCAUGUACCACAUUCUCAGGCUAUUAUCAUGAUUACAUACUAUGCAGCACAACUGGGAAUUUCACUCAGUGUUGUGGACAGCAAGGCAAGCUACCUUGACUCUUUACGCGAUGUAAAGCCUCAGACUGACAUGCAACGUUGCUGUUCACAGCCAGUGUCAGACAGCGAAGAUGAACUGAGACAAGACCGUUCACCUUGCAACAUCAGGGCUUCCUUUACAGAUAACAACAGUACCUUGAUUCAGCGAAAGAUUGUCUCCAUGAAUAGUACUCAUUAGGCAUUAUGACUCUGGUUUAAAGACAAGUAGAUUAAAAAGGAAACAUUUUUAUGGUAUGUACAAUAGUCAGCAUAGACCCUUUCAUCAAACAUGAUAUAUACACAUCAGUGUGUGCCAAGUCUUCUUCACACAUCUGAUGUCUUAUCCUUUGGGACCAGGUUAAGUAUUGCAAGAGCUCAGGUGUGAAUUUGCAUCUCUCAUAAUUUUGAUUUCAAGGGUUUGUGGAUUGGUCUAAAAAUUAGAGAGAUUUUUAUCUCUCCAUCCACUUAAUUAUACCAAAAUAUGUUUCAGUGAUAAUGUAUAGUCAAUAGCUCAUUUCAAUUUUUAAAAAAUUCUUUAUAAUUUUUUGUACAUGUUUAUCAUUCUUCUAUACCUUUCUUGUGUUUGUAAAUAUCUAUCUAGGGCAUUGUGUCAGUACUCUCACAUUUGCUCAAGAAUUGUGAUGCAGUCAUUAUGUAAUGUCUAGAAAAUAUGUCUUUCGUACUGGUACCAGAUUGGUUGUGCAGAUUAAAAGAACAACAUAUGAAAAGCUGCUGCUAUUAAAAAAGUAGGUAUAGAGAAAAAAUCUAAACAUUGAUCAUUUUAUACACAUAUCUUUGUUUCUCUUGUCUGUCUACAUACAUACAUACAUUUAAAAAGACAUCUACAUACAUAAAUACACAUAAAAAGUUCUUGCUUUAUUCCAUACCAUAAAUCAAUUUGCACUGGAGGGCCGUGUCUUCCUUCAGCAAGAGACUGCACCACAGUCAACUAAUACAAUGUAAGAGCAUGACAUGUGAUAAAAGCAACAUCAGAAGGAAUACCAAAGCAAUGUGAUUUAUUUAUUCUUGAUAUUCUAUUUACCAAGCUGGUUCCUGUUGCCCCUUGUGGUUGGUUUGCAGAUUUGAUAGGGUUAGAAGCAUGUUUUCGAUAGAACUAAUCUUUGUUUAUAAAUGCAUGUGUGACUUACAGUAUUUUAUGGCAGGGUUAUUUAAUGUUUUAUAUUCUAUAGAGGACAUGUGUUUAAAUGGAUUGUUGCAAAACUGGUAGCAUGAGAGAUGAUUCUUCUGACUUACAAAGCGGUGGAUAUUACUAGAAUCUCGUAAAUCUUUUUGAUCUAUCUAUUUUCCUUUCUUAUACCGAAAGAGAGAGUAUGGUUGGAAUGAAAAAAUGCUGGAGAUUUUUUCCAUAUUGGGCAGACUGUAAAUAUUACCUGUGGAGAGACUUAAUGCCCCAACCUGUCUGGCAAUGUACAAAAUGUUUUCCUGAUCAGUGGAGUGGUAGCCUAUUUAUUUUUCUAUGGUGUUACUGGGAAAAGAGAAAAAAUGGAACACACACAUUCCUGACUGACUGAAAUAAAUAUUGUUUUCUUACUGCAUUCAUGUGAAAAGUACAGAACAGAAUAUCAAAACUUUGUAGUUAUGUAUCUCAUUGCUACCUCACAUUUAGAUAUUUUGACAUUCUGAAAAGCUUGAUGUGAAUGUACUACAGACUUUGUUUAUAUUUCGUAUGUUGAACAGUAAUAACAAAUAGCAUAAUUCAAUUCUAAUAUUCUAAUAAGGAAAGGGGUUUAAAUGGAUGUUCAUUAAUAAUAUUUAAGCCUAGGAGUAGCAAUGUGUCUAAAUUUAAUAUCUAAAUAUACAGUGUUUUCAUAUAGGUAAAUUUGAAUUUUUGUAUUUAUUUUUUUAUUUUAAGUAAUAGGUUUGCUUGAACCUCAAGCCUAUGACUAUCAUCUCUUUCCUAAAUGUUCUGCAUCAUGGAUAGUUUUUUUCUGAUUUGUAUUUUUAAUUUGUACCUAAAACACUAUUUAAUUUUGUUUCCUAAUUAUAUAUAAAAAUGUCCACAUUUCUUUUCUAUUGUUAUUGUUAUUAUUUUCCUCUCCUUUUGUCUGUUAUUACUACCAUUUCAUGCAAAAAUUUAACAAUUUUUGGAUCACUUGCAAAUGGCAGUCAUAACUACGAUUGUUGAUUUUUUUUCAUAAACAAAUUGAUAAAAUUCAGGGCUCAUCUGUAAGGGUGCUCAAUUGACCCUUCAGAAAAUUAAUUAUGAGGCUGAAUUGAUAAUAUUUGUACAUAUAAUCCAUACAAUGAAGUACGGUUAUACAUGUAUCAAUAACAGUUCUUGGUAAGCCAGUGACCAUAUCUAGCAAUUUGUCUCCUCAAACAGUACGCAUUCAAAGAAGGGCAGCCCUGUUUGUUUUGGCGCUGUCUUUUCUUAAGUAUUCCUUUUGGGGCAAUUUCCCAUGAAGAAAAUUUGAAAACUGAAAUUGUCCAAGAGGGUCAGUUUUAGACAAAUGUCUGUUGCCUUGUGCAGUCAACCAUUGAGCCUGGAAGAGAUUGGUAUCUGUAACUGAUUUAUUUAAUUUUGAAUUGUAUUACCCAGUGUUUCUGUAUAUAUGUAUCUUUUUUUGCGAAUAGAGUUGAUUUUAAUGUAUUAAAGUAAAACAACCUUGUCCUUUGCAAUAAUAAGCAUUGAGUAUGAUCAUAAAAAGGUGCUGAUUUGAGCAGUGUUUCUUAUUUUCGUUUAGUUGGAUUAUUUUAACCAUAGUUUUCAUAGGAAGAGGUUGAGCAUGUAGUUGCACUUGGUUUAUGGAUUGUUGAUAUAUAUUAUUUUUUAUCAGUAUUCAGAAAACUUAUUGCAUAUUUUGUUGUAAUACUUGUUGUAUGACUAAGAUGUAAAGGUUCACUGGAACAAGUGUUGCAUUGUGUCCACCAAUUCUUGAGACAGAUACACAAUGGCUUUCAUUAUGUGUAUAUAGUUUUUGGAGUAAACAGAAACAAGCAUGAAAGGUGCUCAAUAUUCAGUCAGAAGAGACAAGUCAUUUUUAAAUGUUAUGACUAUUUUGUAAUUCUAAAGCCAUUUUCAGAAAUAUUUUUUACAUAUAUGAUCAACAAGAUAACAUAUAUUUCUUAUACACAGGCUGUUCAAUAAUUCAAUAUACAGAGGAAAUGAGUGCCAAUGUCUUAUAUAACAUCUGUUGUUUAUUGCUACACUAACCUUUGGGCUAAAAGUUUGCUCGAACAGGUUAGACCAUUGUAAACAUUAAAGCAGUUAUUCUAUUAUAUGA